UCCAAACAUCACGUCAACAGGACAGGCGCAACCUGGCGAAAACGGCUUAGAGCUAAUUUUCAAAUGCUGCAACGUGCAUUAUCUGUGCCAUACUAUUACGUCUGUCCUAGUCACAUCAACAUGUAACAACUGCGCCUUGUGAUCCCACCUUUCUUCCUCCCACUCAACCAUCCGAUCUGCUAAGCGUCUCAACGAUUACUGCGAUGUCUAAAAAACUUGCACCUUACGGCCUUUGGGAAUCCCCUAUCACAGCUGAUGCUAUCGCUGAGGAUAGCGUCUCCAUGAGCGACAUAUUUGUAGACUCGGUCACAAAAGAUAUCUACUAUGUCGAACAGCGUGCAUCGGAGGGUGGUCGAUACGUGCUUCUGAGCAACACGACUCAAAAGGAAGUUUUUGGUAACUUGAAGGACUUCAAUGCGCGCACGCGUGUUCAUGAGUACGGUGGAGCUGCUGCUAUCGCUUAUAACGGGACCGUGUACUCUUCAAAUUUCGCGAACUUCCGUAUCUAUGCUGCAAAAGAUGGGACGAUCAGACCAAUCACACCAGAGGACCCGAACAAGAUUUAUCGCUACGCAGAUUUCUGCGUGCACCCGGUUCACACAGACCUGCUCGUCGCUAUUAAAGAAGACCAUACCCAUGACACACCGCAAACCGUGCGGAACUCUCUUUGCGUCAUCAACUCCACAGCUACGACUGUCACAUCCUUGGUUUGCACCGAGGAUGCACAAAACGAAUUCUAUGCAGCGCCGACCUUCUCCCCCUCUGGCGAUAAGCUCGUUUGGCAAUUUUGGAAGCAUCCAGACAUGCCUUGGGAGGGCGGUCAGCUAUACGUGGCUGACGUCCACUACAAUUCCAACACCCAUACACUUAGCCUGAGCAACACGAAGCUGGUAGCUGGUAGCGCUAGCACAAUCAGCGCGUGUUACCCCUUGUGGGCCUCCAACGACAAGCUUGUCUUCACUUCUGACGAAGGCGAGGAGGGAAAUAGGUUUGCAAACUUGUGGGAGCACACUCAGGCAUCCACCAAACCAGUCCUCGCGUCUGUUGUGCAGCAAGACUUCUGCCAGCCACCCUGGACGCUUGGAAAUUACCCGUUCGCGUUCCUGGACGAGAAUGGUACAAAAGCCAUCUGUGUUGCAUGGCAUUAUGGCCGAAGCGUUCUGUAUGUUGUUGAUAUCACCACGGGAUCCUACAAGGAGAUCAAAGACGAAUCCUUCGACUUUGUAGUUGUCGAACAUGUCCGUCGUCUGUCGGACUAUAAAUUUGUCUUCACGGGACUACAAAGCAAAGCCUCUGGUGCAGCUGUGCUUUGCACUCUUACUGGACCAUCAUUCGUGCCCAACUUUCAGGUGCUCAAAUCUACCGCAUCGACGUUCGCUGUACCGCUCCCUGAGGGUAUCAUUUCGCCUCCAAUCCCUUAUGAACUUACACUGGCAGGUGGCAAGAUUGUGUAUGCCGUGUACUACGCUCCAAACAACCCAGCUUAUGACGGUUCGAACAUUCCCGGAGAGAAACCUCCCUGUGUGCUUGGCGUACACGGUGGUCCCACAGGAUUAGAGACCCAGAAUUUGAGCUGGCUGAAGCAGUAUUUCACAAGCAGAGGAUACGCUUGGUUGGACGUGAACUACAGUGGUUCCUCGUGCUACGGACGCGCAUACGUGGAACGCCUCAAAGGGAACUGGGGUAUUACCGACGUAAGCGACUGCAUCGAAGCAGUCCAAUCGCCCAAACUCCAGCCCCACAUCGACACUAAGCGCACUGCGAUCCGCGGCGGGAGCUCGGGUGGAUAUACUGCCCUUGCUUCCAUUUCCCUUCCCUCCUCUGCAGGAAGCAAGCCGAAGUUUUUUGCAAGUGCCACGAGCAACUACGGGAUCUCAAACCUGGAACUACUUGCGAAUGAUACGCAUAAGUUCGAGCUUACGUACAUGGUCAAGCUUCUCGGUGGUACGCUGGAAGAGAAACCGGAAGUGUACCAUGACCGGAGCCCAGUGUAUUUUUCUUCGCGAAUUGAGACCCCAUUGCUCGUUCUUCAAGGCAAUGAUGAUGAAGUUGUUCCACCGGCACAAUCGUGGACUAUUAUUGAUGGGGUCAUUAAAUCCAAAGGGCAUGUUGAGGCGCACUUCUUUGAUGGCGAACAGCAUGGGUGGCGCACGUCCGAGACGAUCAAGAGGGCGAUCGAGUUCGAGAGGGAAUGGUACGAGAAGACCAUGGUGAGGACCACUGUCGGCAAGUAAGGAAAGCAGUAGUGUUUCAUUGGCGUUGCGAUGUUGUACGAUAUGAGCAAGGGAAUUGAAUGAAAAGAUAUUUGUGUGAAUCCGAAAAUACCUGACACAUGCUCUUUCCAACGGAGUUCACUGGUAGUAUAUGAUGGGCAUUGACUUAGCUGUGAAGAGGUAGUUGC